AUGAUUGCGUUGCAGGGGCAUAGCAAUGGAUUGGGUAGAUCCUGUGUUAGCAUUGCAAAUUGUCUUGGACCUCCUGUUUGUAAAUACUUGAAAUAUCACAGAAAGGUGAAUGAUUAUGUGACAAACUACGGGAAGAUCAGAGAUGAAUUGAAUUGUAAAAUGGAAGACAUAGAGCUGCAAUUGAAAGCAGAGCUUCUUCCUUCUUCGGGGAAGAUACCAAAGCAGGGAGUUGAAAAUUGGUUGAAAGAUGCGAAAGAGAUGAUUGCGGAAGCACAGGAUGUGGAAAAUAAAGUCAGAAACGGGAGAUAUCUCUAUCGUGCUUGGAACGGAAAGCUGGUUGAUGAAAAGACACGAGAAAUGAAGGAAUUUCUUGAUAAAGCUCCUAAUGCCUCUGAAGGUCUUGCCCUUGAUGGUCGAAGUAGUGGGUUGCCGCUGCCAACAUCAGAACUAGUUGGUGAGAAAGCUGUGAGAGAUGAGAUUUGGACAUGUUUGAUGCAGGAGGAGGUGAGCAAGAUUGGGGUUUGGGGGAUGGGCGGUGUGGGUAAAACCACUAUCAUGAAGCACAUCCACAACGAUCUUUUGAAAGAACAAAGGUUCGAAAGGGUAAUCUGGGUUACCAUAUCAAAAGAGUUCAAUGUAAUGAAGGUACAAGAUGAUAUUGCAAGUUCUUUGAAGUUGAAGGAAGGUUUGGCCAUAGAAGGAGACAAGCUCAGACGAGCUGCAAUCUUGUUAGAAAUGCUGAAUAAAGUAGGAAAGCAUGUUCUAAUCCUAGAUAAUGUGUGGGAUGAAGUCUCUCUAGAGGAAGUUGGGAUCCCUGAGCCGAGUGGUAGCAAUGGCUGCAAGUUGGUGUUGACAACCCGUUUGGAGCAUGUCUGUAAGUAUCUGGGUUGCACGGUGAUAAAAGUGAACGCCCUGGAACAACAGGCAUUGACACUAUUCUUGAGUAAAGUUGGACCUAACAUAGUGCAAAAUCAAACUUUAAUGCCAAUUUUGAGGCUCGUUGUCAAAGAAUGUGCGGCUCUGCCUCUUACAAUUGUCGUCGUAGCUGGUACAUUGAAAGGAGAAGAGGACCCUCUUAUUUGGAAAAACGCACUCAGAGAAUUGAAAGAGAGAAUAGAAAAACUGGAAGGAGUGGAAGCCAAAGUGAUAGAGCGUUUGAAAUUUAGCUUCGAUCACUUAAAGGACAUGAAAGUGGAAUAUUGUUUCUUACAUUGCGCAUUAUAUCCUGAAGAUUAUGAAAUUAAAAAAGAUGAGCUAAUUGAGUGCUGGAUUGAGGAGGGAUUCAUAGAUGAUAUGGGUACAAGACAAGAAAUGAAAGACAAGGGCCAUGUUAUUUUGAAGAAGUUAGAAGAUAAUUGCUUGUUGGAAAAUGGCUCGAGUGGCUUUGUGAAAAUGCAUGAUGCAGUGAGAGACAUGGCAUUGUCGAUCACUAGAAUGAAUCCUCGAUAUAUGAUACAAGCAGGUUUGCAAUUAGAAGAGUUACCAGAAAAGAAGCAAUGGAGUUCGGAUACUGAGAAAGUAUCGCUUAUGUGUAACCUCAUAUCAGAAAUUUCCAUAGAUGUGCUGCCCACAAAAUGCCAACUGCUCACAACCUUGUUAUUGCAGAACAACCCUAUAAAGAAGAUCUCAAUUUCUUUCUUCACAAACAUGCCUUGUCUUAGUGUUCUCAAUUUGUCUUCUACAAAGAUCGAGAGUUUACCAAAUUCCAUCUCUGAACUAAAGAACCUCACAACAUUGUUGCUUUGGGGCUGUUAUGAAUUAAGAGAUCUACCAUGUCUUUCGAUGCUUCAACAAUUGAAGAAGUUGGAUCUUCGUUGGACUAAAAUUGAGGAAGUCCCUAAAGGCAUGGAUAUGCUGAUAAAGUUAAGAUACAUUGAUCUUGGAGUGCGCACUCUGAAAGAGAUACCCGCUGGACUUUUACCAAAACUCGUUCACCUUCAGCACUUGAGUUUUGAUGUGAACAAUGGAAAAACAUGUGUAAAAGCAGAGGAGAUGGAACCAUUGAAGAAGUUGGAGUGCUUUACCGGACGUUUCGAAGACAUCAAUGAAUUCAAUAAGUUCAUCUCCUCAAUGCAACAAAGUAAGAAAAAUCUCAGCAAGUACUGUUUACAGGUGGGCUCAUAUUUAUUUAGUCAGUUUUAUAAUCGAUUUUAUAAAGUAUUAACAAUUGGAGGAGUCCACAAUUGGGAAGGUGAGUUAAUUAUGCACCCAAUUGAAAUUCAAGAGUUAAAUAUUACUCACUGCGACUAUUUGAGAAGCUUAGUCAAUGAUAAUUCUUCCUUCAAAAAUGCGAUUGACUUGAGGGUUUGUAGGAUUUUGGGGUGUGAAGGGAUAGAGUGUGUUGUUUCCAUGUCCUCUUUUGCCUCUUCUUCCGCUCAUCCAUUUCGGAGCCUCGAGGUGUUGGAUCUUCAAAAUCUGCCAAAGUUGAGUGCCCUUAUUGUGAAAGAUGCAGGAAUUGGUUCAGGAACAACAUCACCAUUGUUUCCGUCUGCCACCUUUUCCCAUCUUAAGGAAAUUAAGAUAUACAAAUGCUCAAGUAUGAAGACGUUGCUUCCACAUUGGUUGCUUCCAAACCUCCAAAACCUGGAAGAAAUAUCAGUGGAUCAUUGUGAUGAGUUAGUAGAAUUAUUGGGAGCAGCAACAUCAGAAGUUGAAGAAGGGAGUGAUGCAUUAAUCCAAUUCCAUCUUACCAAAUUGAGAGAAUUGAGACUAGAGGGAUUACCAAAUUUGAAGAGCAUUUGCAGCAAAAGUGGAGUGAUGGUUUGUGAUUCUAUCCAACUUAUCAAAGUUGUUGAGUGUUAUAAACUAAAGAGAAUUCCUCCAUUUGUUCCCCUUGUUGGCAAUGGGCAGCCAUUUGCAUAUGCUUCACCUUCUCUUACCAUCAGUUCAAGCACAGAAUGGUGGGAAUCGUUGGAGUGGGAUGACCAUCCAAACUUUAAAAAUGUUCUUCGCUUCAACCCCUUUGGAAGCUUUGAGAGAUUUAUACAAGAGACGAAAAAAAGACUGAUGCAAGCGUGGACAGAAGAAUGAUAUUGGAAGGAAGAGAUUAAGAGCAUUGAGAAUGAGAGGCUAAGGUAAAUAAGAAAUCAAACUGCCACCACAUUUUAAACAUUUUCCCACUCUUACCAUUCUUCUAUUCUCUUAUACUUCUCAAAAAUUAUAUAUAUAUAUAUGUACUUCCCAAAAUAACCUUCUAAAUUUUCAUAUUUAUAAUUAAAACAAUUAAGUUAUAAAGUUAUUUUGAUAUUAUUAUGAUCUUUUAUCACAUUCAACACUAGUCUAUUAUUUCAUAAAUUUCAUAUUUUAUAUAUAUAUAUAUAUA